UUUGUAUGGUUCUAUAGAGAGGGCUUUGGAGGCAUCCAUCUAAUUUCACUCCCAACUUUCCAACUCAAACCCUACCAGAUUCUAUCUUCCGUCUGCUACCUCCUUCUUCUCCAUCGACCAUCGAAAUCAAGGUAAAUUAAAAUAGAUAGAUGGCUGGCGCAUUUUGGGCGACCCGCGUGCUGGAGAAAGUGAAGAAGCAUGAUUCUGGAGGACUCCUUUGGAAGAGAAUCAAACUCACCACUACCCGUAAAGCCAAUGCCAAGAAGCGUCUUCUCCGUGUCUGGCAGAAUGAAGCUGUUCUCAAGGCAUGUUCUGAACCAGCUCCUUCAGGAAGUUCUUCUCCCGCUGCCAACAAUGUUGCAAAGAGUAGUUAAGUUAAAGGGUGUCUCCACUUAAAGGUUUUUCCAACCGUAUUUUAGGUUCCCAAUUCUGUAUUAGUUUUUGCUCAGGAAGUUGAAAAACUGUAGCAGGAUGCUUCAAUUAGCCAAUGGUUUUAACUUCCUUACAAAAACCACUUUGUACGUUGUAACCUCUUUAGGGCGCAUAAGCUGCAAAUCCAUUACUGCUUUUUAGAGCUUGAGCUGCAUGAUGUGUCAUGUGUAAGGAUUACUAUCUUUCAUGGUUUUUUGUGAAUAGUCUUUUGGCUAUUUUAUGAAAGCCAAGCAAUGGUUCUAAAUUGUGGUUAUUGGGAUGCAUAUUGCAGUUAUUUUGAUGUGAAUUUGGUUCAUAUAUUAUUACAUCUGUAUUAAAUGUAA